GGCUCCGCACGCGCUCCCGUUCCCGCCCGGCUGGGGUGUUGCUGUGCCCAUGCUGCCUGGCCGGCCUGCUCCGCGAGGUGGCUGCAGAUAUUGUAUUCUUGAAAAGAAGAGAAUGAACCUUAAACAUUUGGACCACGAAGUAUAGAUUUGCUGAAGUUUUCUAAUGAAGAAUGGCAACCUCCUAUGUUCCUGUUCCUAUUCCUAUAGGAAAUUCUUCUUCCAACUUUACAACAAACAGAAACCAAAGAAGUUCUUCCUUUGGGAGCAUCUCAACAAACUCAAAUUCUUCAAAAGGGCAGCUGGAGGGGUCUACCAUUGGUAGUUUUAAAAAGAUGAGUGUGCCUGACCAGAUUGGCUCCACAUCAUCUUUAUGUAGUAGCCCACUUAUUAGGACUACAUUUACAGGUGUGGACACAUCCAUUGAAUACUGUACUCAGCUUAUGGAGGGUACUGAGCAAAAUACAGAUUCUGGGAGCUGGGAAGAUCGACCCUCUACACCUACCAUACUGGGUUAUGAGGUGAUGGAAGAAAGAGCAAAAUUCACUGUCAGAAAUUCCUUACUUGGACAAAAAUACCAAGUUUACAAAAUACUGGUAAAGAGAAGUCCAGAGGAAAGUUGGGUGGUUUUCAGAAGGUACACUGACUUCUCCAGGCUUAAUGACAAGUUAAAAGAUAUGUUUCCAGGCUUUCGAUUGGCUCUUCCUCCAAAGCGCUGGUUUAAGGAUAACUAUAAUCCUGACUUCUUGGAAGAUCGACAGUUGGGACUACAAGCAUUCUUGCAGAAUUUAGUAGCUCACAAAGACAUUGCUAACUGCCUUGCAGUGAGAGAGUUUCUUUGUUUGGAUGAUCCACCAGGUCCAUUUGAUAGCCUCGAAGAGAGCAGGGCUUUUUGUGAAACACUGGAGGAAACUAAUUACCGUCUCCAAAAAGAACUUCUUGAAAAACAAAGGGAAGUGGACUCACUGAAGAAAUUAUUAAAUGAAAAACAACUUCAUAUAGAGACUAUAGAGAAGAGAAUUAGGGAUUUGUCUUUAGGAAAAGGGCAAACACGUAGAAUGUCAGGAGAAGAAAGUGAGUGCAGUGGCGAGGUGGAGUCUUCUGCAGUAGAAGCAGAUCAGGGUGCCUUGGGAGAUGACAGCUGCUCUGAUAAAGAGACUCAUGAGGCGUGCUGGAGUGGUUCACUGACUGAAAACUCUUUACCAGAAAUUGAAGUUGCUGAAGUAGCGUAUACUGCUGAUGAAGAGGAAUAAACUAACAUCAGCUGUCGUUACCUUCAAACGUUUCAUAAUGCUUGGGACAGACUAUUUGUAGGUAAAAGCAUGCAGUACUGUAAAGAAUUUACAGCAAAAGCAAGAGUGCACACAUUGAUUGUUUACACAAACAGAUCUUUACCAAUUAUUGACGUAGGAAAUACGCUCAUUGCUGCUUUAAGUUUUAUCCAGCCUUUAUAUAUUUAAUAUAUUACACAAUCGAAUUAGGGCUAAAUUCAGCUAUUCCUACACUCUUAAGUACUGAACACAGAGUAUCAUGAUGAUUUGCUAGUGUAGUGACUAAAGCUAUGUAUGUGUAGUCACCAAUCACAUUACUCUAGCCUGUUACGUAUCACAUGGUGCUAUAGCUGUGAUACAUUUAAUGUGUUCAUCUAUUUAAUAUUUUUUCACAUUCUUAUAUAGCCAUAUUAAUUAAUUAAUUAAUGCUCAUUGAAGUAAAGAUGAACAUAACAUUACUGGGUUUAAUAAGACUAUAUUAGCUCCUGUGUUUUUAAAGUUCUAAAUGAAAAUCAUUUCUCUGGAAUUUUAAUGCAAUAAAAUAAGACUUGCAGUGACAAAAAAGGAUUUAUGAAAUGGGAUUAUGAUUGGAUAUUUUAAUAAAACAAGCAUGUAGUCAUUUCUGAAAGGACUGAGCCAUGAGAACCCACACUCAUUGUGUAUGUUCACCCCAUUAUAGCAUGUUGUAAUAGCUGAUUAUUGUUCAGUAACGUGUCUUUAAAAUCCCACUAUACCUUUGUCACACACCCACUUAAUAAUAAAAUCAAUAACUUUGCCUUUUAUCCAAAACACUACCUCUUAUCUUGCUAAUGCAUGCAUACUUGGAUUUUUUAAAAAAUACUGUAGAUUAUAUGAAAAUAACUGAAUGACUUGUGUAAAAAAAGCCAUAUUUUUUUCUUCAUUCAUAAUUAGGUUGAAUCUAAUUGCAAUGUAUUUUUGUUUCAAUAUAUUGUACACAUGGGAAUAUUAUUAAAAAACAUUCUAUAGCCUAUUUUUCAAAAUGUAUUAAGCCAGGUGAUGCACUUUAUGAUAAUUAAGACUCGUUUGUGCCAAGUUCAAUUGGCUAAUUUCUUUUGAGAAAAUAGAGUUUCAGGGAGUGGGAAGAUUAAGUAGUGCCUUUUUGUAUUUUACUCAUUGCUACAGAAGUUUGCUAUAGUACUGUGGGUCAGCUUUAUGAAAUCUUUAGUACAGCUUGUUUCUGUUCUGUACAUACUGAAAGUGCCUUGUUUUCUUCUGCUUUUCUAGUGGGAAGAAUGUUCUUUGUUCCUCUCUGUAUCACUCGCUCCUUUGUUUAAUGCUGUUAAUAUGCAGUGUCUGCUGUAGUUUUCAAAGCUAACUUUGUGUUUUCAGGCUGUAUAUAUAAUCUUUAUGCAGAAUUGAAUGAACCCUUGUGGGGAAAUAAAGCUAUGGACAUCA